AUGGAGACGUCCUCGGUGUACAUGUGUUUCCCGUGCUAUCAGGAGUUUCCUACUCUGGAGGAAGUGCUCACGCAUCAGCUCACCUGCACAGCAGAACCAGCCAAUGAUACAGACACACCCACCAGCACUGCCCCGCCCACAGAGAGUUUGACCACGCCUCAGGUGCCAGAGACUGAGUUCAUUGGCCAGUCUCUGCUAGUCCCUCAGGUGCAGGUGGACCCAGGUGUGGGCGUGGCUUUGGGGAGUCAGCAGGUGAAAGGACGUCAGUCUGACAUACCCCGCAUCCUAUACCAGUGCGCCGACUGCGAGAUUCUUUUUGAUUCGCUGCCGCUAUGGCAACAGCAUCGAAAGCUGGGCACCUGCCAGGAGGCAGAGGCGGGGCCUGGAGAAACAGACACACCCACCCAGCAAGUCCUUGUCCAAUCGGAGCAGGGCGAGGUACAGGAGCAGGCGCAGGUGGAGAGCGAGAGCGGAGCGAUGGAGGAGAAAGACGGAGGGGAGGAGCCGGCCGAGAACGUUCCGGAAGACCGUCAGGCCGCCCAGGACAACGGCUUAGCAGGAAGGGAGGAUGAGGAGACGCGGGAGGCCAGCGGAGGAGAGGAGGGAGUGCGUGAGGAGGUGUCCGUGAGCCCCCCUGUGCGCCGGCGUGGGGCGGGGCCUAAGAAAGCCAAGCCCCCGUUGAGCCUGCUGUGUGUGGAUUGUGGGCGGAGUUUCAGCCUGGUGCCGGAGCUGGUGUCGCACCGCCGCACCGUGCACGGCCUGAAGGAGGCGCUGCACCGCUGCGGCGUGUGCGGCGAGAGCUUCCUCAACACCACGCUCUUCCUCUACCACCGCAAACAGCACCGCGCGUCCUCUAGCCCCGCCCCUAACCCCGCCCCCAACCCCGACCCCCCCGGGCAGGGCCUGCUGCUGCUCGCCGCCGCGGGGGAGGAGCAGAGCCUCUUGCUGCCCAGCGCGCUGCCGGAAGAUUCCACCGCUCGGCUGGAGGUGACGGUGGAGCAGGAGGGGAUGGAGGUGGUAGAGGAGCCGCAGAUGAGCGUGGAGGAGGAGCAGACGAACGUCGACGCCCCUGUGGAGGUGAUGGAUGAAGAGCAGCAGACAGAAGGAGAGAUAAAUGAGGGUCAGCAGACGGAGGGUGGAGAGGAGGUCAGGGAGGAGGUGAUGGAUGAAGGAGAGGUGACGGAGGACCCGGGCAGUACGGGCGUGGCCCCUUCGGCGGCGUCUCAGAGUUUCCUGUGCAGCGUCUGCGGGUCGGGUUUCGGCGCGGAGGGCGACUUGGCGGAGCACCGCGGUUCCCAGCACGGCCUGUCGGCGGCGCUGCACCGCUGCCCUGACUGUGGAGAGGAGUUUAUGAACACCACCCAGUUCCUUUACCACCGCCGAUCACACCGGAUCUCCACCUCACACACACACGCUCCCGCAUCGCUCACGCAGACCCUCCCGUGGACAUGCCUGUCAGUAGUGAGGCGUCAGACGGGGGCCUCGCCGUGCAGUCAGAGCCGUCUGACGCCGUGGCCAACCUGCCCCCCCCCGCCCCCGCCCGCCCAGCUGAGUCGAGACUGGUCCCGCACGGCACUGCCCCACGCCUGCCCGUACUGCGGCCGCGGCUUCACCCGCCGCUGCCAGCUGCGCGCCCACGUCACCAGCCACACGGGAGAGAAACUCUUCAGCUGCAAGACCUGCGGCAAAGCCUUCUCGUCGCCUAGCAACCUGCUGCGGCACACGCAGACGCACGGAGGCGCCAGGCCCUUCUCCUGCGACCUGUGCGACAAGUCGUUCUUCGAGGCCGUGACCCUGAAGCGACACAUGCUCAUACACACGCACUCGGGGGAACGUAACACACACCAGCGUCGCAGGCGGGGCCGAGGGGGCGGGGCCAUGGGCAGGCUUCUCCAUCACUGCCCAGAAUGUCCCGCCAGUUUCAAACUGGAGUCUCAGCUACAGAGUCACAGACUUCUCCACACCAGUCAUCCAUUCCCGUGUGACGUGUGCGGUGAAGCGUUUCAGCGACGUAAAGAUCUCGACCUCCACUCGCUUAGUCACCAAGAUAAAGAGCCUGUGGCAUGUGGUAACUGUGGAUCCCUGUUUCUUAAUCAGUCCGUGUUGGACGCUCAUCUGCAGCGUUGCCUGGCGACCGAGCUGGAGCAGGCAGGGGGCGGGGCUAAGCCUCAGGGGCGGGGUCGCAGCGGGGGUCAGUUAGAGUGUGACAUGUGUGGCCAUCGCUGCGUGACGCAGGACGGGCUGGACCUGCACCGUCUCUCGCACACCGGCCAGACGCCGCUGAGGUGCCCUCUGUUGCCAUGCCGACGGCGUUUCGCCUCAAGCUCCGCCCUCGCCGAGCACGUGCUCGCCCACUGUAAGGGCACGCAGGUCAAGGGUCGCGCCCCCAGAAGAUUCCGCUGCCAACACUGCGGGAAGGAGUUCGCUUACGCCUCCACUUUCGCCGUGCACAUGAGGAUCCACACCGACGAGAGACCAUUCGAGUGUACUCACUGUGGGAAGCGUUUUAGGCAGCUGCCUCACCUGCAGGACCAUGAGAGGAUCCACAGCGGCGAGCGUCCGUUCAGCUGUUGGGUUUGUGGGAAGAGUUUCAGCGUGGCGGCCCGUCUGACGGAACACGCCCGCGUCCACAGCGGCGAACGCCCGUACGCCUGCACACGCUGCCCCAGCGCCUUUCGCUCUCGCCCCAACCUCGACAAACACAUGCGUCUCCACGCCAACGAGCCCGUCCCCGCGGGGGAAGGCGAGGGGGACGCGGCGGUGCAGACCAUCCUCCUGGUCCAGUCCUCUUCGCCCUCGUCGGAGUCGCCCGCCCUGGGCGUGGCCCCGGAGGGCGCCGUGGUGAUGUCCUCGCUGCAGGGGGCGGAGCAUGUGGCGGGCGCCGGCAGCGUGAUCCCCGGGGCCGCCUCGUCCUCGGUCGUCUUCCUGCACCCCUCUAUCACCAUGCCGACCAUUUCCAUGCCAACCAUCUCCAUGCCCUCUGUUACCGUGCCGACCAUCUCGGUGGUGGAGAGCGAUGAUGUGCCGCACACCAUAGAGUUUAUUAUAGAGGAGACUGUGUAGAGAGACAGAC